AAUACAAAGUUUAUUUAAAAAGUUAAGAUCAUAAAUAAGCACAAAAAAAAGCACAGUCUGGAAUGAUUUACUCAUUAACUGCGCAAAACAAUUGUAUCAGAUAUUGCAAUAUCUGGAGUAGCAUAUCAUAGAAGAUGUCUCCCCAAAUAUCACCCAACCACAUCUCCUACACUACAGUCAUCUGUACUCUCUGUAGUGUUAGUAGCUUCAUCAACACUACUGGAAGCUAUGAGAACGUCAAGUCCACAGGCAUUUGCCAUUUUACUGUUUCAAAAAAUAAUUUAACUUUUACAGAAAAACUGUUUGCAGAGAAAAACUGAAAAACACUAUCACUUGGUUUCUACCAACUUUGUGGCUUAUUUCAGUAUCCACACUGUAUUUUCAGCGGUUGCAUUUUCCAGUUUUCAGCUAAACCCGAUGCUACAAUGAAUGUGGUGAGAAUGAGAAACUAAAGCUAAAUAGAGUACAUGAGUAUUCCAGGAAUGUUUCAGUCCAUUAACCUUUGUGUCGUGGUCAUGCUGACCAAUCUGUGGGAAACAUAAUGUAUAUUUGGCGCAAAAAGCAUAUUCUCCAAAAUGGGAAAUAAUCGUUGUGUUUUUGUAAUCCUAAACUACAAGAAAAGGCAUUGGCUGUAUAAAGCCUGCAUAACAUUGAGACAAUAGUGUUUCAGUCAUUUAAUAAUAUUACCAUCAAUUACAUUUAAAAAGUUAGUCUGUCUCUGUUUAAAGAGCCAAAUAAUCUGCGUAAGCGGUUUUUCCCUCUUGUGUCUAAACACGUGUUAAAUUAGCUUCGCUGACUAUUGUAUGAUAAUAUAUUUUUAAAGGGAUCAAAUAUACAUUUGAAAUAACUUCAUAAAGUACAUAAGGCGAAAGAAGGUUUUCAUAUCAUUAAUAUAGAUGUUUGAUAAGCAAUGUUAACUCUGCGUCAUUGCAUCGUUGGGUGCUUUGCUUAACACCACAACAAGGAUCUGGAGAUAUUUCCAGUUCCAAAUAGCUAAAAGUCGUUGCAAUUAAAACACUUAUGUCUAAUUAGGCCAAAAGCCUCGAGGGAUCCCGGCAUAAAAACGAUGUCCACUGGACAGAGAAUGUCCAAUUGACUCCCUAAUGAAUUUAAUGCCAAAGCUCCUAACAACCUGCGCCUCAUUAACUUGAGUAGUCUACAGCGGGAGGACGGGCAAAGAAGCUUCAGAGCUGCAGAUAGAUCAAUAGUUUUGCAAACAGGACUUUAACUUAAGUAGCUUUCAUUUAACUGAUGCGUUACUUUUUGGGCCAUUCUUUUGCAGCAUCACUGUCUGAGGACCAGUCUCACACCCCGCCUUCUCCCCGCGCGUCUCGGUGCUGUGCCCGCGAGGAGACGGUGAUUGGUUCUUAAGUCAUCUAACAUGAAGUCUGGGGUGAUAAGAGGACUUCAAUUACAAUCCCGGGCCCGCGCGAAGAACGCCUGUCCGUUUAUUAUUCAUCACCGACAAGGUUCACGCGCCGAUAAAGCGAUGACCAGAUUAAAAGUACGUGCAUUUUUGGAAAACCACGCACAGCGCACAAUGAGAAAGAAAAAGCCGUCUGUUUAUGACUUUAGAGUGAUUUAAAAAUAUAAUUGAGCUUCUUGGAAAUCAAGUACAUAUUUAAAUUGUUGUAAUAUGAAUGUGAAAAGAUAAACAUCAGACCUUUAGCUUUUUUUUCUGAAUUAGGCAUUAUUAAAUGUAACAUGCGCUUUAUAAAACGACAAGGGCAAAUAUGCUGCAAUAAAACAGGCCCCAAACAUAGUAUUGAAGAACUAUGGAAUACCACGUUAACAUCUCAAAGGGUCUUACGAUGUUAAUUAUAAUAAUAGGCCUAUAGUCUUAUUAUCGUUCAUCACAUUUUAUAAUUACACGCGUGCUAAAACUUGCACUGCAGGUGCGUGUAGUGCGCAUCCAUUCUAGGAGGAAUUGUUAUCCGUUCUUAAAUUGUGCAAUGGCAUGAAAUGGGUCAAAUAUGGUAGUAAUAUGAUGUUAGUUUAGCCGAUAGAAUAUUGGGGAAAUUAGUAGGCCAAAUUUGUAUGGGAAUACAAUAAACCACAUUUCAGUGAGGGGAAGGUUGUUGCUCUUAAUCCGAUAUCCGAGGGAAAUUACUGGGUUUAAUUUGAACUAUUCACUACUGUCACGAUACACCAAGAUGAAAUCACUAGGCACAAAAUGACAAACAAAAAGCAUUUCCUUUAAGACAAGUGGUUUGAAAUGUUAACAACUUCUAGCCUAUUAGACUGGAGAGAAAAAAAUACUCAAAAUCAGGAAAACAUAAUGAUAUGCUAUUUUAUGGAGAAAAAAACACAAAUAUUAGAAAUAUUGUACACUCACUGAACAUUCGAUUUAUCUCGUUAACCUGAUUAUCACACACCGUGUUGAACCCGCAGCCUGGAGACGCGCUUUCUAAUAAAAUUGGUCUUUCUUGUUUCUUGACGCAUAAAUGUCAUAAAACAUCAGUCAAAAUAUUGCUUGGUAUACAUAAAUUAGCAACUCACUAGAAAUAUGCAAAUGCACGAAUAGUCCAAUAAUUCAUACAUACGAUAAAUGUACAACAUUUAAAAAACGUAUUGGUUUCAUUGUCAAAAGAGAUUAAAACAUUAGUGCUGAUGUUUAUAAAGUAGUAUCAAGCCUCAUUAACUGCCAUAGAAAAACAAAAGGGUUCCAAAUUGAUGCCAUUCAGACAUGAAGCGAGACAGUAAAUAAACACUUCCCUUGCCAGGUAUCCAGCAUCACUCAAUGCGCAACCUAUUCUCCUUUAAAUAUUUCCAUUUUAUAUUGUGCACGUGCACACCUGAAAAAAAAAAGGCUAGGUCAAGGCAAAAGAGACACAGCUGUCUUUAAAACGUAUUAAAUAUACUUCGUAGAAAAGAGCACAAAGUGUGUAUACGAAAAGGAACCGUUUAUCUUCCUAUAUCUCGACCUGGGAGCAGAGGCUCCGCGCGCAGGAUGUUGGAGAGCGAAAGUGUGCCUCUCGUGAAAGAGUGCUUCUCGGAGAGGCCUCUGAUUGGCUGGUUGCACUGACAGCUCCGCCGUUGAUUGCAGGAGGAGAAGCCCGACCCCUUUCACUCUUCUAGGGGACCAUUCAUAAACUACACAAGUCCAGCUCGCACAGCUGAGUGUGGACAACAGUGGAACAAGGUAGGAGAAUAACGCGUAGUUUUCACGUGCAACCGAACGGACAAGGAGAGAUGAGUGGUCACGACCAGAGCUUUAUCCUUUAGGGUCUGCAAGCGCGAGGACACGGACGGUAUUAUACUGUACACUGAGCCCACCCCAUUCUGGGGCUGCCUACUGCAUAUGACUUGGACUGAUAUUUAGUAGCCUAUUACGUUGCAUCCCUAUCGGUUUCCUUCCGACACUGUCUGACGUCCAUCCGCUGUGUACGCAAAAAAAGUUUAAUUAUAUAUUUUUUCCAUUGCUUGGGGAAGAGCGUUUCGCCUCUGGCUUUACCGGUAAGCAUUGGAUCCGUCAACGUACUGCGACUCUCCGGUGUACAGCCCGGACCUCUGCCCAAACAUGAUCGCGACGCAGGCAAAGCUGGUCUACCAGCUCAACAAAUACUACAGCGAGAGAUGCCAAACUCGAAAAGCGGCCAUUGCAAAGACUAUCCGGGAGGUGUGUAAGGUAGUGUCGGACGUCCUGAAGGAGGUCGAGGUCCAGGAACCCCGGUUCAUCUCCUCUCUCAGCGAGAUAGAGGCGCGCUUCGAGGGGAUGGAGGUCAUAGCCCCCAACGAGUUCGAGGUGGUCCUCUACCUCAACCAGAUGGGAGUGUUCAACUUUGUUGACGACGGUUCUCUGCCCGGCUGCGCUGUACUGAAGCUGAGCGACGGCCGCAAAAGAAGUAUGUCUCUCUGGGUCGAGUUCAUAACGGCCUCGGGCUACCUUUCCGCCCGGAAGAUCCGUUCAAGGUUUCAGACUCUGGUGGCGCAAGCGGUGGAUAAGUGUAGCUACCGUGACGUGGUUAAAAUGGUUGCAGAUACAAGUGAGGUAAAACUAAGGAUCCGGGAGAGAUACGUGGUUCAGAUCACCCCUGCGUUCAAGUGCACAGGGAUCUGGCCUAGGAGCGCUGCCCAGUGGCCCAUGCCCCAUAUCCCCUGGCCUGGUCCGAACCGGGUGGCCGAGGUCAAGGCCGAGGGCUUUAACCUGCUCUCCAAAGAGUGCUAUUCGUUGACCGGGAAACAGAGCUCGGCUGAGAGUGACGCCUGGGUCUUGCAGUUCAGCGAGGCCGAGAAUAGGCUCCUGAUGGCGGGAUGCAGGAAAAGAUGCCUCUCGGUCCUGAAGACUCUCCGCGACCGUCAUCUCGAGCUACCCGGUCAACCACUCCAGAGCUACCACAUGAAGACCCUGCUGCUGUAUGAGUGUGAGAAACACCCGAGAGAGACCGACUGGGACGAGUCCUGCCUCGGAGAUCGAAUCAACGGAAUUCUGCUGCAGCUCAUCUCGUGUUUGCAGUGCCGCAGAUGCCCCCAUUAUUUCUUACCAAAUUUGGACCUGUUUCAGGGGAAGCCCCACUCGGCCCUGGAAGCUGCCGCAAAGCAGACGUGGAGACUGGCGAGGGAAAUCCUCACUAAUGCAAAAAGUUUGGACAAAUUAUAAACUGUUGAAUUGUCUUAUUGUGAUACUAUUGCUAUUUAGGGCCGAGGUGACGUUUUUUGAGAUCACUUCAGAGUGGAGGAAAACGUCAUGAUCUUGGUUUCUCCGAGCAAUGUGAAACAAUUGAGAAAUUAAAAACAAGCAAACAAAAAACCCUUUUACAACGGAGUGUAAUGGGACAUUCAGAGAGGGAGAACGUGAAGGUACAUUAAGCUAAAUGUAAUACUUUUUGUUGUCGUUUUGUUUUAAAAUGUUUUCACAAAGUGAAUAAAUGUUUAUUUAAAAUUAUAUGCACAAAAUCUUUAAGUGAAAGAAUAAAAAUGUAGUGUGCCAAGUUCCAAUUUUUCAUUACGUGACCUUAAACUGAAAUGUUAAUAAAACUAAAGAAAAUUACAUUACAA